AUGUCUUUUUAUUUACCCUCUGAUUGUCUCGAGGAAAUUUUUGAAUAUUUAGAUAAUGAUGUUCAAUCAUUACAUUCAAGUGUAUUAGUGAAUAGGUUAUGGUGUAAAACUGCUAUUCGUUUCUUAUGGAGGAAUCCUUGGAAACAUUUAGCGAAAUUUGAGAAUUCUGAUUGGGCUUCUAUCGUUGAAACAUUACAAUCUUGUAUAUCUGAAGAGAUAAAAGCAUCUUGGGAAAAAAACAAAAUUGAAAAUUCUAAGAGACAACCGUUAUUCGAUUAUGUUGGUUACUGUCGUUAUUUAUCUGAAUGGGAGAUUAAUAAAAUUACUUAUGUAAUACUCCAGAAAGGUUAUAGUAAAAACAAUUGGUCCUCGAAACAAUAUGAAAACAAUCGAACAAUUAUUGAGCGUGACUUAUUUCGUCUAUUCUUGUCACGAUGUUCAACCCUUCAACAUCUUAUCCUUCCUUACAUCGGUUUCACAGAUUUUCCGGAAGCAAAAAAUUGUUUUGCUCAACUUUCUGUACUUGAAUGUAAUGUCUAUACUCCUUCAAGCAUAUUCUCCGAACUUGCGAAAUAUUGUCAAAAUUUGGAUAAAUUGAUUAUUGAUACUUGUCAAAAAGAUAAUAUUGGAUUAGCCACUUUAAUAAAAGCUCAAUUAAAACUAAAAAACGUAGUUCUUCGAUGUGUAAAUAUUGAAGAAUAUGCCUUUUGUUGGCAGAUUGGGCAUGCUCUAUUGUCUCAGCGUAAAUCUUUAACGCAUUUCUAUCUUUCGGAUUAUUACUGUAUCCCGGUGGAAAUUCUCACAGCAUUUAAGAAUUUAAAGGUAUUGCAUCUAUACACAGCUGAAGAUUCAUCGACUUUCUCAUUACCACCUACAACUAUUUAUCCAAAACUCGAAGUAUUAGAAAUAAUGGGAGAUUUUGGAACACCUUUUAAUUAUUGGAUAAAAUUAAUUGAGAACACCCAAGGCACUCUAACGCGAAUUUAUUGGAAUUUCACCAGUGAACCGAAACGAGGAGAUGUUACAAAAUACCUUCAAGCAAUCAUUAGACAUUGUCCAAAACUUAAAUUUGUAACAAUAUUGAUAACAAAAGAAAACGAAUCAACUUUGGAACAAGAUUUAGAAGAUUUAUUUACUUCUUGUGUAUAUUUGGAAGGUCUUAAACUACAGAUCGCAUGCAAUAUUUCAUUGAAUGCUUCGAGAAUAUUUAAUUUAUUAAAGAAGCUAUCCUUAAAUAAUUUAGAUACAUUGAAUUUAUUGAAUUUGGAUUCUUUACGAGGUAAUUGGCAGUGUCCCCCAGAAGAUGUUAAAUCUUUUAUGGACUCAUACACAAAUAGGAAACCAUUAUCAAUUGUAUUAGGCAAUUUCUUACAUAUGGAUGAAGUGAUUACCUAUAAUUUGAUAGGUCAAUAUCGCGCAACAGAUGUAUUAAAGGAUUUCUAUAAAACGUCAAGUUUGAUUAAACUUAACAAGGGAUGGAAUAAUAUUGGUGUAUUAAAUAAAUAA